AUGGGCGGCGGGGCUCGGGAGCUGGCCGGGUACCUGGCGGCUCUGGCCGGCUGGGUGGCAGCGCUGGCGGCCGCCGUGCUGCCGCAGUGGAGGCAGAGCUCGUACGCCGGGGACGCCAUCAUCACGGCCGUGGGGCUCCACGAGGGGCUGUGGAUGAGCUGCGCUGCCCAGAGCACCGGGCAGGUCCAGUGCCGCCUGCACGACUCGCUGCUCUCGCUCGAAGUUCACAUCCAGACAUGCCGGGCUCUCAUGGUCAUUUCUCUCCUCCUGGGCUUCUUUGGCAUCAUCGUGAGCGUGGUGGGCAUGAAGUGCACGAAAGUCGGGGAGGAGGAUCCUGUCACCAAGAGCCGCAUAGCUGUUGCUGGGGGUGUCCUCUUCGUUCUCUCUGGUCUGUGCACAUUGGCUGCCGUGUCCUUGUAUGCAACACAGGUGACCUAUGAGUUCUUCAGAGAGAGCACCAUCCCCAUCAACGCUAGGUACGAAUUCGGCUCUGCUCUCUUCUUGGGCUGGGGGGCCGCCAGCCUCUCCAUGUUGGGGGGGUCCCUCCUGUGCUGCUCCUGCCCUGCCAAGGAGCGCCGAGGACAGCAGUACCACCGGCAGCCACAGCCCUCCACGGCCCGGGAGUAUGUCUGAGCCCAACCCUGCCCUCCUGCUGCACAGUGCCUCCCUUCCCUCCCAAAAACAGGCAAGACCCUGGUGCUCCCACCCUGCCUGGACCCUCAAUGCCCCGUGAGACCUUUCUCCUUAUCUUCCAGGUUUCAGCAGAGUUUUCGGUGCCAGCCUCUGAAAUAGAGGCUUUAAGUGUCACACCCCACUGUUCUCCUCAGCUGGGCAGGGUGGCACCCCCAGCCUGGCAUUGCGGCCAGGCUGAGUCUGUCUGUCUGUCUGUCUGUCUGUCUGUCUGUCUGUCUGUCACAGGGAUGCUGUGGGGGCGAGCAGGGACACUGAUGCCUGUGCCACAGGGGCACAGAGCCAAGCCCACGGGGGUGUGCUGCACAGAAGUGCUUUGUCCCAUGGCCACCCCUCUCCCACACCCUGUUCUCAGGGGCAGGCAGGGAGGAAAGCCAGUGCUUGGUUCUCCUGGGAUGAGGUUUUCACUUCUAACAGCACCAGCCCAGUUCAGGGUUCAAGCAUACCUUUGGCAGAGGGGUGUUUUCAGGGUGCAGCAUUCCCCUGCCUCAUUGCUGCUGAAAAGCAGCACUUUUAAAAUGAUUAUUAAUUAUUAUUGAUUCCUGCCUGAAGGCCAGCUGCUCCAGCUGACCUCUGCCAGUCCAAACCUGCCUUGGGCUUGUUCCUGUCCAGGACCAGGCUGUGCCUUGUUAAACAAGAAUAAAUGGGUUUAGGCAAAUUAAAGCAGCUAAAAGGGGCUCUGAACACAAAGGAUUUGUUUUUAGUUUUGGUGCCCAACACAACUAUUUUGAGUGGCAGGUGGACAGAGCCCUGAAUUUUGGUACCUCCCUGCUGGGUCCAAAUCCCUCUUCCCCACCAGGAUCCCCUGGAGUGGGCAGUGAAGGUUCCAAACACAACCUGCUAAUUGCCUCCACCACUUUGUACCUCUAUUCUACUGCUACUAAUUGUUUUGCAACUGCCAAAGCUCCAAUUUCAUCUGUAAAUCCUCCAAACUCCCUGUACUCCAUCCCUGCUGCAGGUGUUGUGCCAACCAACCCACAGGGAAGGA